UGAUCAUGGCUGCUCACUCUACCGAAGAACCGUUCCCCUUUCACGGGCUCCUCCCCAAAAAAGAAACCGGCGCCGCGUCUUAUCUCACCAGGUUCCCCGAGUACGAUGGCCGAGGGGUGCUUAUCGCUAUAUUGGACACCGGCGUGGAUCCCGGGGCCCCCGGCAUGCAGAUCACAACUGAGGGGAAGCCAAAGAUCGUCGACAUUAUCGACACGACAGGCAGCGGUGACGUGAACAUGGCCACGGUGGUGGAGCCUAAAGAUGGAACAAUCGCUGGCCUCUCUGGGAGAACACUUAAGAUCCCUCCUGCCUGGGUCAAUCCAUCAGGGAAGUAUCGCAUUGGAGUUAAAAAUGGAUAUGAGUUCUUCCCCAAGGCUCUUAAAGAAAGAAUACAGAAAGAGCGAAAGGAGAAGGUGUGGGAUCCACCGCACAGAGCAGCACUGGCUGAGGUCUCUCGCAGGACAGAAGAAUUUGACCUCGCACACCCAACACCCUCACAGAUAGAGAAGUUGCAGAAAGAAGAACUGCAGAGUCAGUCAGAGCUGCUAGCAUCUCUAGAAAAGAAGUACAGUGAUCCUGGUCCUGUAUAUGACUGUGUGCUGUGGCAUGACGGUGUCACAUGGAAAGCUGUGAUGGACACUUCUGAGUGUGGAGAUCUGUCGCAGUGCACAGUGCUGAGCUCCUACAGAGAGUCACAAGAGUAUGCCACAUUAGGAAAUGCUGAGAUGCUGAACUACUCUGUGAAUAUUUAUGAUGAGGGAAACACACUCUGCAUCGUCACCAGUGGAGGUGCUCAUGGGACACAUGUGGCAAGCAUUGCAGCAGGUUACUUCCCAGAGGAACCGGAGCGUAAUGGUGUUGCUCCUGGUGCCCAAAUCCUGGCCCUGAAGAUUGGAGACACCCGCCUCAGCACCAUGGAAACAGGCACAGGGCUCAUCCGCGCGAUGAUUGAAGUAAUCAACUACAAGUGUGACCUAGUAAACUACAGCUAUGGGGAAGCCACCCACUGGCCCAAUUCAGGGAGGAUUUGUGAGGUGAUCACGGAGGCUGUGCAGAAGCACAAUGUGAUAUUUGUUUCAAGUGCAGGAAACAAUGGUCCGUGCCUCUCCACAGUCGGCUGCCCAGGAGGAACCACAAGCAGUGUCAUAGGUGUUGGAGCCUAUGUGACCCCAGACAUGAUGGUGGCUGAGUAUUCCCUGAGGGAGAAGCUGCCUCCCAACCAGUACACCUGGUCGUCUAGAGGUCCCAGUACAGACGGAGCUCUCGGGGUCAGCAUCAGUGCCCCCGGUGGUGCCAUUGCAUCUGUACCUAACUGGACUCUCCGUGGUACCCAGCUGAUGAACGGCACAUCCAUGUCGUCUCCUAAUGCCUGCGGCGGCAUCGCGCUAGUCCUGUCAGGAUUGAAACAGAAUGGGAUUCAUCCCUCUGUUCCUGCGGUGAGGAGAGCGCUAGAAAACACGGCUCUGAAGGUUGAUGACAUCGAGGUGUUUGCACAGGGCCACGGAAUAAUACAGGUGGACAAGGCAUUAGACUACCUCACUCAAAACGCCUCUUUACCCACAAGCCACCUAGGCUUCUCAGUAACUGUGGGAUCGCAGAGAGGCAUCUACCUCAGGGACCCAGCCCAAGUUCUUUCACCUUCAGAUCAUGGAGUAGGAAUUGAACCCAUCUUUCCAGAAAACACCGGAAACUCUGAGAGAAUCUCCUUGCAGCUGCACUUGGCCCUAACAUGCACCUCCCCAUGGGUGCAGUGCCCCUCCCAUCUAGAACUGAUGAACCAAUGUCGUCAUGUCAAUGUCCGCAUUGAUCCUGUGGGGCUGAGAGAGGGAAUGCACUACACAGAGGUUUGUGGUUACGAUACAGCAGCACUUGGCUCUGGCCCCCUCUUCAGAGUUCCCAUCACAGUCAUUAUCCCAACCAAAGUGACAGAUAAUCGUAAUCAUGAGGUGUGUUUCACAGACGUCCACUUCAGACCAGGGCAGAUCAGACGCCACUUUAUCACUGUUCCUCAGGGAGCCUCCUGGGCAGAAAUCACACUGACUUCUCAUUCGGGAGACGUGUCGUCAAAGUUUGUUCUCCAUGCGGUGCACCUGGUAAAACAGAAAGCGUACCGAGCUAAUGAAUUCUAUAAGUUUUCUUCACUUUUGGAAAGAGGCUCACUCACUGAGGCGUUCCCUGUGCUGUCAGGGAGGAUAGUUGAGUUGUGCAUUGCGCGCUGGUGGGCGAGCCUGGGUGACGUCACGGUGGACUACAGCAUCUCGUUCCACGGACUCAACACUUCUCCUUCACCUGUGCACAUACAUGCCUCAGAGGGAGUGACGAGUUUCGAUGUGUCAUCGCCUCUGAGGUACGAGGAGGUGUCCCCCGCUAUCACUCUCAAGUCAUGGGUUCAGCCCCUCAGGCCUUUAAGUUCUAAGAUAAAAGCUUUGGGAAUGAGGGAUGUUCUGCCAAACAACAGACAACUCUACGAGAUUGUCCUCACCUACAGCUUUCACCAGCCAAAGAGUGGAGAAGUUACUCCCAGCUGUCCCAUGCUGUGUGAACUGCUGUACGAGUCUGAGUUUGACAGUCAGCUCUGGAUGCUGUUUGAUCAGAACAAGAGACUACUGGGCUCAGGAGAUGCCUACCCACACCAGUAUUCUCUGAAGCUGGAAAAGGGCGACUACACGGUGCGUCUGCAAGUGCGCCAUGAGCAGUCCAGCGAGCUGGAGCGCCUCAAGGACCUGCCGUUUGUGGUUUCCCACCGUCUGUCCACCACCCUCACUCUAGAUGUGUAUGAGACGCACCGUGCAGCCCUCAUGGCCAAAAAGAAGGCCAACUCUGUCACCUUAUCCCCGGGCGCCACGCAGCACUUCUACAUCACAGCCCUGCCAGAUGACAAGAUCCCAAAAGGGACGAGUCCAGGAUGCUAUCUUUCAGGGUCCAUUGUUGUUCCCAAGAGCGAGUAUGGCAAGAAAGCAGGGCAGGCCUCUGCAAAACGACAAGGAAAGUUUAAAAAGGACAUUGUUCCAGUUAUCUACCACUUAAUUCCUGCGCCUAACAAAACAAAGAAUGGAGGGAAGGAGAAAGACAAAGACGGAGACAAAGAGAAAGACGUGAAGGAGGAGUUUGCAGAAGCCAUGAGAGACUUAAAGAUUCAGUGGAUGACAAAGCUGGAGUCCAGUUCACUUUAUGAUGAACUCAAGGGAAACUUCUCAGAUUAUCUUCCCCUGCAUGUGCAAAGACUGCACCAGCUGGACUCUGAAAAGGAGCGUGUAAAACGUCUGAGGGAGGUGGCAUCAGCAGCUGACAUCGUCAUCUCGCACAUCGACCAGACGGCCUUGGCUGUUUACUUCACCAUGAAGACAGAUCCCCGACCAGAUGCUGCUUCCAUCAAAACCGAUAUGGAGAAACAGAAGUCGUCUCUGCUGGACGCUUUGUGUAGGAAGGGCUGCGCUCUGGCUGACCAGCUCCUGCUGCCUCUCGCGCCUCAGGACAGUGUCGGUGCUGUCGCCACGGGACAAGCUGCAGCAGAGGAUGCUGGCGAACAGAUGGCCAGCAGUUCUGACGACAGCCUGCAUGACGUGGCUAAAGCCCUGACUGACACAUUUUGGGAGGUGCAGAAGUGGGCAGAGCUGACUGACUCCAAGGUGUUGAUGUUUUCACACAAACAUGCUCUGGUGAACAAGAUGUACGGCCGGGCCUUAAAAUAUGCCUCAAAGAUGGUGGAGGAGAAGCCCACCAAAGAGAACAUGAAGAACUGUAUCCAGCUCAUGCGACACCUCAGAUGGACGCACUGCGCCAACUUCAGUGAGAACUGGCUCCCUGUCAUGUACCCUGCAGACUACACCCCAUUCUAGGCACACACCACACACACACUCAUGCACGAGCAGUACAUACAUGAUCCAUUACACAGUAACUUCGAUAUCACAUCCCUCAGGGUCACAUGGUCUAUGCAUCUGACCAACCAGCUGCUUCCUGAGAUUUUUUUUCUUUCCUUUUAAAUUCAGAUGUAGGUGAACGCCAAAAUGAGGGAUAACACUUGAGUGUAAUUGUUUGAUGGAUUAUAGGACAUUUGAAUGCCACCAACAGCAAAAUAGCAAAUAAUUCAGUUUCUCAUUCUUAAUUUUUGUUUUAUUGUAAAAACUGUUGACGAGGUUCUCUGUUGGGUGUUUUUCUUCAUUUUUGAGUCACCUACACAUUUGGAGGCUUUUUACAUCCACCCAUUCGCAGCUGUCUGAACUCCAUAUCACAUAAGUAACCUCGUUGUCUCGUGUAUAUGCUGUAUAAGGGCCAGUAUGGACACCACGGAUAGUUCACAAAUCUUUAAAAAAAUAACUGUGACUCCAGUCACCUUCAACACACAGAAAAACUCAUACUGGCCAUUAUGAUACUUCAGUGAGAAGACAGGAGGACUUGCUGCUGCACGAUUUUCGGACAUACGAGGGCAUGCAGAGUCUGCCUGGUUCCUGAAUUAAAAGGGAGGCUUGGGUAGAACUUAAAGUAUUUUUGUUUGUUUUCUGAUCAGUUGUUUCAGUCAGGUUGGGCUGUAAAGUUCAUGUUUAGUCUUGUCUGUCUUGUUAGGCUCCGACUCAAGUACACAAUUUCACAACACAAAAACAGCUGAGGUGCCUUUCUACAUGUACCUUAUAAUUUAUGACAGGAGGGGGAAAAAAAGAAAGCGGUGCAAGGGUUUUGACCCCCUGAAGCUGCAGAAUCAGUAGCGUUUUUAACACCAGUCAACACCCAACCACUUGCAGUCAUUUCACCCAUCAGCCUUUGGUGUCAAAUGUGGGUUUAAAAACAGCAGUAUCAGCAGUAUGAUGCGUCUGUGCACUGAAUGCAGGCCAUCAGUGACCUGUCAGGUGAAGGAAAAGCCACAACCACACUUUCUCAACUUCCACCGCUAGAGGCUUUCCACCAACUUCAUACAGCUAAGUGACCCAAGCCACACAUUUGACGACCAUCCAAUAGACCUCACUUACACACCAGAUGCAGCUGCAUUCAGUUGUGAGCAGUAGUAGGAUGUUCAGAACAGAUUUCUAUGUAUGUUCACACAGUAUUAGACAUUUCUCUGCAGCAUUCAAAAUGUUGCACUUGUACACAGUGUCAUAAAAUAAUGUACAUACACACAUAACAUAAAAAAUAUUAAAAUAGGUAUAUAAUACAAAUAUUAUUCUAAUUGAUGUAUUUUGCAUAUAUGCAUGUCUUUUAGGAUGUAAGGAAAAAGAAUAGUUUUAUUUGGAAGCAGAUUUUAGUUUGUUUCAAUUUCAAAGAUUUUUAAUCCCAAACAAGAUUUUCAAGUUAUUUUCAUGAGUGCGUUUGUGAAUGACUUUGUGUGUAUUUGUGGACACAUUUUGUUUACAUGGAUAUUUUCUCCCAACUGAACUGAAAUGUUAAUUAAAAGCCAUUUUUAGAGGGUAAAACAUGAGUAACACCCCCUCCCCCUCCCCCCAGUUACCUUAAUGGACCAUACUGGUAGUUUUGCACCUUUUAUCUGAUUACCUAGAAAUUUCAUGUAUUUUGAAUCACAUCGUAU